CUAUAACGUUCUCUGAUUGGUCCGUUAGAAAUCCAGUAAUCUUUUGUUAGAAUAAUUUAGCGGAUAAAAUUGUUCAAUUAUUAAAAAUACAAUGGAUAAUUCUAUUGUACCAGAUAUAUUAAAUUUGGAUACGGAAGAAUUGUCCGAUAAAGUUACUUGUAAACGAAGAUCCUUGGUUUUUCAAUCACGAACUUCAAAAUUAUUUACUGACGAAGAAACAGAUCAAGCGAGAAAUCUUGAAAAUGAGGAUUUUUUAGAGAUCAAUAAAUGUAAACGACAAUGUGUAGAGGAUGUAACGAGGAAAGAAAAUUUUGAUUUGCAAAAAUAUAUAAAUGACCUUAGACAAGAAAGAAAAUUAUGGCAAUCAACGUUAAAAGAACGUAAAUCAAAAAGACGAAUUCUUUCAAAACAAAAAUCUGUUCUAGAAGAGCAAGGGCAGAAUUUAGAUACUAAAGCAUUAUCUGAUUCCGAAAGAUCUUUUCUUUCAGUUUCCCCUAAUUACGAAUAUAUUUGUGAAAACAGUCAGAAAUUAUCAGACAUGGCUCUUAAAAUAAUCUUAUUAAAUGAAUUAGUAUUUAAGUUAAAUGAAAGGUUUAUGUUAAGAAUGAAAGAGAAGUUGAAUAAGACUACGAAGAAAAUUAUUGAAAUGUCAGGAUAACAAAUGUUUUAAUCUAAACAUUAUUAGAGAGUUUUACUUAUGUAAAUACUAAUAUUUGUAUAUAAAUAAGAUAAAACAUUAUGUAUAUAAUCAUA